CCGGAAAUGAUUUGGGUGUUUUGGUGGCGACUAGUGUAGUCAUUUGUCAAAAGGUUGAACAAAACUUCAAAUCUACAAGUUCUGGCUGCGGAAUUGAGGACUCUCCUCAAAAUGAUCCUUACCAUGUUUUAUCGGAGAUGAUAAUUGUUCUAUGUGGCGGGUAAAAGACAGACAUUUGGUUAAUUUGGUGAAUUACGACAGCUAGCUGUCAGCUAGCUCGUUUGCUGCAUUGAGCUUGUCACUUGUCAACAAGUUUGGUUUAGCAUGGACUGCGCGGCGCUGGAACUCGAUGCUGUCAAAUUUGCCAAAACAGCUGUAACCUACGACCAGAAUGCCAAAUAUAACGAGGCGGUGUUUUAUUAUAAGGAGGCAGCCCAGGCUCUGAUUUAUGCUGGCAUGGCAGGGUCCAAACUUGAAGGAAUUCAGGACAAAGUAAACGAGUAUUUGGAUCGAGUUCAAGCUCUCCACAAUGCAGUCCAGGCACAGAAAAGUGACCCGCUGAAGUCAUGGCAGCAGAUGGACCUUGAGCGCGCUCACUUCCUGGUGACACAGGCUUUUGAGGAAGAUGAGAAGGGGAAUGACGAUGAAGCCAUUGAAUUGUACACGCAGGCCGUGGAGCUGUGCAUCAAGACGUCAAACGAGACCUCAGACCCGACGCUUCAGACCAAGCUGAAGCAGCUGGCGCGCCAAGCUUUGGACAGGGCUGAAGGUCUUAAAGAAUCCCAGUCCAGAUCAACUCCAGCCCAUACUCAGGAUAGAACAGGGCCUUCAACGACCAAACCCAGCUGUGGUGCUAAUUCUGGGGGACCAGUCCGCCAGUUUUUUCCUCUCGGGCCAGACUUUAGCAUCCAUGACCGCCCUCAGCCACAGCCUGUCCGGGCCGUCCAGUCCAGCGAGCCCCAGGGCCAGCGCUACACAUCCGAGGAAAUCGAGGUGCUCAGGAGUACUUCCACAAUCAAUGGCAUUGCCUACGUGCCCUUUAUGAGCGUGGACCUAAAGGAGCGAUUUGCCUUCCCGGUCCCGUUCUCGGACAAAAUGGGGAAACUGGCAUUGUCACCCAAACAGAAGGCCAUCUUCUCCCGCUGGGUUCGACCAGACGAGAUCUGCAAUAACCCCACAAUGAUCAUGUCUGUGUCCAGCUUCAGCAUCAAACAGACGGUGGUUUCUGAUUGUUCAUUUGUGGCAUCACUUGCCAUCAGUGCGGCUUAUGAGAGACGCUACAACAAAAAACUCAUCACCAGCAUAAUCUACCCUCAGAACAGAAAGGGACUGCCAGAGUACAACCCUUGUGGGAAGUACAUGGUCAAACUUCACAUCAAUGGCGUUCCCAGAAAGGUUAUUAUUGAUGAUUAUCUGCCUGUGGAUCGAAAUGGAGAGCUGCUGUGUUCUUACUCCAGCAACAGGAAUGAGCUGUGGGUGUCCCUGAUCGAAAAGGCCUACAUGAAGGUGAUGGGUGGCUACGACUUCCCCGGCUCCAACUCGAAUAUCGAUCUGCACGCACUCACCGGCUGGAUCCCUGAACGUAUCGCUAUGCACUCUGACAAUCAGUCAUUCAGUAAGGAUGACACCUUCCGCAUGCUCUUCCAGAGGUUUCACAAGGGCGAUGUCUUAAUCACCACGGCAACAGGGGUGAUGACAGAGGAAGAAGGAGAACGAUGGGGUUUAGUGCCAACACACGCCUAUGCUGUUCUUGACAUCAGGGAUUACAAAGGAAUGCGUUUCCUGCAGCUCAAAAAUCCGUGGAGCCAUCUACGGUGGAAGGGACGCUACAACGAACGGGACGAGAAGAACUGGACUCCAGAGCUGCUCAAAUACCUCAACUUCGACCCCAAGUCCGCACAAAAGUUUGAUAAUGGAGUUUUCUGGAUCGCAUGGGAGGAUCUCUGUAAGUACUAUGAUGUCAUCUACCUGAGCUGGAGCCCUGCGCUGUUUAAGGAGUCCUCUUGUAUUCACAGUAGCUGGGAUGGGAAGCAGGGACCAGUGAAGGACGUCUACAGUCUGGCAAAUAAUCCUCAGUACAGGCUGGAGGUCCAGUGUCCAGCAGGGGGCGCUGCCGUCUGGGUUCUGCUCACCAGACACAUCACUGACAAGGAUGAUUUUGCACAGAACAGGGAGUUUAUAACUCUGGUGGUUUACAAGACAGAUGGCAAGAAGGUUUACUACCCAGCGGACCCCCCACCUUACAUCGAUGGCAUUCGAAUCAACAGCCCACAUUACCUGACCAAGAUGAGGCUGACCAGUGCUGGGACACACACUUUCACCCUGGUGGUUUCCCAGUACGAGAAACAGAACACCAUCAACUACACGCUGCGGGUGUACUCUGGAUGCAAAUUUACCUUCUCCAAGAUCCCAAAUCCCUUCACUCACUCAAAAAGGAUCAAUGGCCAGUGGAAAGGGCUCAGUGCUGGGGGCUGUGGAAACUAUAAGGACUCAUACAAACACAACCCCAUUUAUCAGAUUAAUCUGGAGCGGGCGGGCCCACUGCUUAUUGAACUUCGAGGAUCCAGGCAAUACAGUGUUGGAUUUGAGAUGGUGACCGUGUCGGCGGUGGGUGAACCAGGCCCUGCUGCCUUCCAGAAAAAGACCAGCGGAGACUACAGAUGUGGAUUCUGCUACAUGGAGGUGGACCACGUCCCCGCCGGCAUCUACAACGUCAUCCCCACCACCUUCCUGCCCAAACAGGAAGGACCCUUCUUCUUGGACUUUGCCAGCACUUCACCCCUAAAGGUCUCCCACCUCCAAUGAAGAAGGAGCUAUGUAGAAAGUACCGUUCAGGGACUGGCAGGAAGCUCCUAGUGAGAGUGAGGCAUCAUGGGAUGCUCCAAAACUGCAAUUUGAAUGUUUUUAAGUAUGAGAAUGUUAUUGCUGCUUGACUUUCCGCCCCUUUCUCUCAGAGAUUUAUGCCAACAUGAAAGGACAAGAGCGUAUGCAUGAAAAUGGAUGUUGAGUGGACAGAAACCAAGCAACAGUUCUAAAAAGGGUAAAUAUCGAAGAAUAAUCACGAGUCAAAAUAAUAAAACCUUUAACAACAAGGAGAAUGAAACACACUAUUACCAAAAUGUCAAGCUGCCAGCAGAAGACUGACCAAGUAUUUUUGCCACAUCAAGACGAGACACAGUUCCUCCAAAAGAUUGUCUAAGCACCAACAACUUCCCUCUGGAAAGACGGUCGAAUCCGAAUCUUAAAAUGCGAGCCUCACGGGGUGAUUAGGUUGCAGUUUAUACCCUGGAUGCAGCAGGUAGAGCACUUUCUUCUUCAUUACAGGUUCUGUUAACACCUCAACAUGGCCGCCCCCACAGUUUAUCCACUGCAGCAGCUUGCAGAUGAACAAACACCUUUUCUUUUGGGCAGAAAAUCAGGCCAGUGACAGAACACACAAUUACAUUUGGAUAUGGAAAAAAUAAUGAAAUAAAGUCAAUGAAAUAUUGUCCUGUGUUAGGCUUUAUAUUGAAGCCUAACUCCUUUCAACACCCCAAAUGCUUUUUAUUCUCAGGAGCUGCGCUGCAUAACAGUUGAACAAUGUCUCCUCACGAUGUUUGUGGAUGUGAAGGCCGAGUGAGAAAUAUCAGCUC